GAUGUAUCUGCCACCUCCCAUCACUCACCCCUUCUCUCUCUGUAGUCUGUAUAUAAUAACUCUUUCAUAAACUGGUUAGCCCACAAAGAUUGAAAGAAGAUGGCUACAGAAGUCGUGGUUCUGCAACAUGGUUCGAUCGAUGGAACCCAGGUGGUGAACCACAGUUGCUGCAAAGGACCAGGUUAUGCCACACCGCUUGACGCCAUGGCUGGACCCAGAGAGACUCUCAUUUAUGUAACUUGUGUCUACACAGGAACAGGAAAGGAGAAGCCAGAUUUUCUGGGAACAGUGGAUGUGGAUCCAACCUCAAAAACUUACUCAAAAGUCAUCCACAGGCUGCCUAUGCCUCAUGUAGGUGAUGAAUUGCAUCAUUCUGGUUGGAAUGCUUGCAGUUCUUGCUAUGGUGAUUCAGCCGCUUCUCGUCGUUUUCUUGUUCUUCCAGCUCUUGUGUCUGGUCGAAUAUAUGCUGUCGACACACAAAAGGAUCCACGGGCUCCCACUUUUCAUAAAGCGGUUGAGCCUAGUGAUAUCUCAAGCAAAACUGGACUCGCAUAUCCCCACACCGCUCAUUGUCUUGCUUCUGGUGAGAUUAUGGUUUCAUGCCUUGGAGACAAAGAAGGAAAGGCCGAGGGAAAUGGGUUUCUUCUGCUUGACUCGGACUUCAAUGUUAAAGGAAGGUGGGAGAAACCUGGGCAUAGUCCAUUGUUCGGCUAUGAUUAUUGGUACCAACCUCGACACAAGACCAUGAUCAGUACAUCAUGGGGUGCCCCGGCUGCUUUUACUCAAGGAUUCAACUUGCAGCAUGUUUCAGAUGGUUUAUAUGGUCGUCAUUUGCAUAUCUAUAGCUGGCCUGAUGGUGAACUAAAACAAACAAUUGAUCUAGGCCCUGAUGGACUUCUGCCAUUAGAGAUAAGGUUUUUGCACGACCCGACUAAAGAUACAGGGUUUGUUGGAUGUGCGUUAAGCAGCAACAUGGUGCGGUUUUUCAAGACUUCAGAUGGAUCUUGGAGCCAUGAGGUGGCAAUAAAAGUGAAACCAGUAAAGGUUCAAAACUGGAUUCUACCAGAAAUGCCUGGGCUUAUCACAGAUUUCCUAAUUUCUCUUGAUGACCAAUAUCUCUACUUUGUGAACUGGUUACAUGGAGAUAUCAGACAGUAUGAUAUCAAGGAUCCCAAGAAUCCUAUUUUGGUAGGCCAAGUUUGGGUGGGUGGGUUGUUUCAGAAAGGAAGCCCAGUGGUUGUCGAGAACGAAGAUGGUACAACUUAUCAGGUUGACGUUCCCCAAGUGAAGGGGCAUCGGCUGAUAGGAGGACCACAGAUGAUUCAACUAAGCUUAGACGGUAAGCGGUUAUAUGUUACAAACUCUUUAUUUAGCAAAUGGGAUAAGCAGUUCUAUCCAGAGGUUGUAGAGAAAGGAUCUCACAUGUUGCAGAUUGAUGUUGAUACUGAGAAAGGUGGACUUUGUAUUAACCCUGAUUUCUAUGUUGACUUUGGAGCUGAACCUGAUGGACCUUGCUUGGCUCAUGAAAUGAGAUAUCCAGGUGGUGACUGCACUUCAGACAUAUGGAUUUAAACCUACCGCAAAUUUGAACAAUAUAGUUUAGAUUAAUACAACUGUCAACUGUUUUGAGGGUUAUGUAUGUAUAUGUAUAAUUUGCAAGAAAGUGUUCCUUAAAGUUUUAUAUUUAUAAAGUGUGCAGUGAUGAAGAAUAUACAGUUAUGA